AACGUUUUAACCUUUCUUUUUGAUGGUGGUGCGGCGGUGACAUUUUUGCCAGAGGUUAUAUUGCUGAAAACACGCUUGCCAUCGAAAUUUAUACAUUUACAACGCUGAAUAUGGAAAAGGUUACAUCUAAGUUUUAGACAAAGAGUUAUAAAGAGACAGCUAACGUACAAUGGAAAGGGCAGACCUUGUUUACAAGCUGGUUGAUGAACUUGAACCUGUGUUAGAGAAGUAUGCCUCCACAGGAAUCGAGGUAGCCGUACUGAUUAGUAAGGUCAAUGACAAUGUUGUUGGUUACCAAGGAACAAAGUUAGGCAAAGAUUUCUUGGAACAGAAUACUUUCUUUACAGAGACAUUUAGGAAGUUUUGUAAAGAUUACUGGUAUGGAGCUGACAAUGUAGCAACAUACCCAACACCUAUCAAAAAGAUGAAGAUUCAGACUUCAGAUGAUGAGAAUGAGGAGAUAAAUGAGAUACAGGAUGUUGACUUUCUGUCCGGAGAUAAUAACUCAGUUUUGAGCGGUCUGGAAGGCUUUGCUUUACUUGAUGGACAAAAAAUUUCAAUUUCUACACUUAUAUCAGAUGUAAAUGAAGAAAAUAAGAGUAAAUAUGUAUUAAAAACCACUAAGUUAAAUACCACACCUAAAACCCCAAAACAACCAAAGGAAAAAAGCAUGAUAAGUGAGGAAAAGAAAAAGAUUACAAGAAAGGCCAAGUACAGAUGUCAUAUUUGUGUUGAAGCUUACUUUAGGAGACCACACAGACUUAACAUACACAUGCAUGAAUAUCACAGCAAAGAAUUGUCAGAGAUUGAAAUGGAGGCAUAUCCCUUACCUGAGGGAUAUCAGAAAAGAGUAGAAGUUCCGGUUAAAAAAGAAAAUUCACAAAAAGUUGGUCCUAAGAAGAAAAUAACAGUCACACCUUAUGAUGAAAAAAAACAUUUGCAAUACAGAUUUCAGUGUGAUGAAUGUAACAUCAAAUUUAAGAAAGUUGAAAAAUUUAACAUGCAUAGAAUUCAGGUACAUAAUCAAGAGGAAGUGACUGAAGACUAUGGGAUAUGUAAAGAUGGCUACCAAUGUAAUUAUUGCCCCAAGAUUUUUGCAUCUCGUUGGAACCUUCAACGUCACAUAGAUAUACACUUAGGGAGGAAAAGAUUUAAAUGUGAUGAAUGUGACAAGUUUUUCUUCAGACGAGAAGAACUGGCGAGGCAUAAAGUUACACAUACCGGUACCAGGGAUCCAAUGAGAGGAUCUUAUGGAAAAAUCCAGUGCUACAGUUGUGGAGAACCUAUGAGGUUAAAGGCUGGAGAAAAUUGUUCCAUUCCCUCAGCACAUGAUAAUUUGAGAGAAAAAGUAGCAAUUGAGAGUAUAUAUAAAUGUAAAACUUGUGAUGCAACAUACAAAGACCAAGCCAUCUACCUGCUUCAUUUGGCUGAGCAUGAAGGAAAAGGAAAAGAAGUGUUGUCAGAACACGAUUACAUGUAUUUGACAGAUCCAGCAGCAGAAGAUGAGGCAGAAAGGGAAGAUUUCUCACCUGAAAGCAUGGAGGUUGAUGAUAAUGUAUCGAAAGUAGUGGACAAAGAAGAUGGGGAGGUAGAGCCCAUAUGUACAACUAAUAAUGACAAGUCAGAUAUGGAAAAUUUGGAAUACAAAGGAGAAGAAUCAAAUGAAGAUCUAGUUGAAGAGGUUGAGAUCACACCUACCAUUAUAAAAAUUGAUGAAGAUCUGAAUAAACCCAGGAAAAGGUUUAAAAAGUUAAACUAUGAGGGAGCCUUCAAAUGUAAAAUCUGCUUCAAAUCAUUUGUAACUAGAUUUGUAUUAGAUCGACAUAUGAUGAUACAUACAGGGUCAAAGAAGUUUGAAUGUAAAAUAUGUGAAUCAACUUACUCAAGGAAAGACUUGAUGGAAAGGCAUAUGAAGAAAAAACAUUAUGCAGAAAAGGUUUUAAAAUGUAACGUAUGUAACAUUAUAUGCAAAGAUGAAGUAGGUCUUAAGUACCACAAAUCUGUAAAACAUGAAGAUGGAGAUGUUAAAUUAGAAUGCACAGUUUGCUCUGCCACUUUCAGUAGAAUCAAAUCACUGAGGAAGCAUAACAAAAAAUGUCAAGAAAAAGUAGAUGAAGACUUUAAAGCCAUUAUUGUAAAGCAAGAGGUCACAACACCAGUCGAGGAGCGUAGUAGUGGUAGAAAACGAAAACCACAGACAUGGUUUGGCUUUGAGGAUGACAAUGAACCAAAGUCUUCCACUAAUGAAGCUAAAGUACAGAAGACAUCAACUUCAUCUCCUGCUGUUAAAGAAAAAGCAAAGACUCCAAAGUCAGCUAAUUCAUCUACCGAUAAAAAAGAGAAAACACUUCAGAAUCCACAUGCCAUAGAAGGAUUUGAAUUUUCAAUAAGUGACAAAGCACAUGAAAAUUAUACAUGCAAUAUAUGUGUAAAAAGUUUUCGAUACCAGAGUGAAUUUGUAAGUCACCAGCUUAUCCAUUCAAACAAGAAGGUUUAUCCAUGUGCAAUGUGCUCAUUAGUAUUUUUAACACCCAUGAAUUUCAAAAAACAUUUAGAAAAACAUAACAACAAUGGCCAUUUUGCCUGUGACAGCUGUACAUUUCUAACAGAUAGUAUGGAACAUUUAUCUAGACACAAGGGUAUACACAAGGAGAAGACACCAAGUAAACAGGAAAGUACGGGAAACACUAAAGACCCAAUAGUAUGCGAAGAAUGUGGAAAAGAAUGUACCAAUAUUCAUAGGCUUAAACAGCAUCAGCUUAUACAUUCCGGUGAGAAACCACAUGUUUGUUCUACUUGUGAUGUUGGUUUCCGUACUCUUAAUACUUUGAAAAAUCAUGAGAAAACACAUUUAGAAGGAAAGUCUUAUCUAUGUGAUGAAUGUGGUAGAUCUUUUCAUCAAAUGUCAACUCUUUUAACUCAUCGCCUUAUUCAUGAAAAAGCAAAAUUUGAUUGUCAACUUUGUACAACAAAAUUUAAAAGACGUUCUGGAUUGAAACACCACAUGAUUUCCAUACAUUCUAACCACCCAGACACGGACAUAGAAAAAGCAUUGAAGUGCCAGACUUGUGACAGACUGUUUCCGACCAAGAAAAGUUUGGAUGGCCAUCAGAGAAUUCAUUCUGGGGAAAAACCAUACAAUUGCCGUGUUUGUAAUAAGAAAUUUGCAGAUGGUAGCAAUCGUAAUAAUCAUGAAAAAACUCAUAUCAAUUCAGCAAAAAAGCAUCAAUGUUUUAAAUGUGAUAAAUCGUAUACACAUCGGAGAGAUCUAAUUGUACACAUUGAAAAACUUCAUAAAGAUGAAGACAAGGAGGAAGCAGAAAGUCAGAAAAGUUCAUCAGAAGUGGAUGUAGUUAACAAUGAGAUGGGAGAUAACUCUGAAGUGGCUGUAGUAACCUGUGAGAAGGGAGGUAACUCUGAAGUUGAUUUAACUAGUGAAACUGGAGAUAACGCACAAGUGGAUGCAGUGAUCAGUGUGAAGGGAGAUAACUCUAUAUGUGUCCAGGAAUCAGUAUUAGCAACAUUAAAUCUGGAGAGGUGUGAUAGUAAAGUUAAAAGCUCAACUAGUCCUACUUCAGAUCAAACAACAGAAGAAUCAAAAUUAGAUGGAGAUUCAGUUGAGCAAGAGGGUGCUGACGUGAACAGCGAGCAGGAGGGUGCUGACAUGAACAGUGAGAAAGAGGGUGCUGACGUGAACAGCGAGCAAGAGGGUGCUGACAUGAACAGUGAGCAAGAGGGUGCUGACGUGAACAGUGAGCAAGAGGGUGCUGACAUGAACAGCGAGCAAGAGGGUGCUGACGUGAACAGCGAGCAAGAGGGUGCUGACAUGAACAUCAGUGUAGAAAUAAACAAAGAACAAAAUGAUCAAGAAAAUAAUGACACAGAUAUUAUUUCCCUAUGUGUACAACCAGUUCAAGAUGAUGAAGCAUGUUCUUUGGGCCCUAAUGAUCAAGAAAGCACUGUUACCAACACAAAUUUGGUGAUUUCUAGCCAACAGUUAGAUAAUGCUGCAACACAACCACAGUCAAUUGAAUCCACUACAAGCUCAGCUGUCAAGUCUAUAUCUGCCAGCCCACAAGUUACAAGUCUGAAUGAACCACAUCUUCAGUCUGAAUUUUCUGAUCUGUCUGCAGAGGCCCAGAGUGUUGUUCAGAAUGUUCUCCUUCAUAGUAGUGACAGCGAUAAUGGUCCAUCAACAAUAUAUGUGGUGCAAUCUGAAACAGAGGGGGCACAACCAGAAGUUCUGUAUUUGAUAACGGAAAAACAACAGUAGCUGAUUGAAUAAAAAUAUUUAUAAUGUUUAAAUGAAAAUGACAGAACUGCUUCAUGCAAGUUGUACUUGUAGCUAAAGUUGUGCAUUAUUGUUCAGGUUUAUAAAUUGGAAACAUUUUGAACAUGGGGAAUUUCACAUUUGUUUUUUGUUGAUUUCUUAUGGUUUAAAGUUAGGUGGUUUUGUAAAAUUUGAAUGGAAUUUAUCAAAUUGAUUGAAUUGCAAUGUGUCAAAUGCAAAGAUUUGUGUCUCAUUCGUUAGUUUCUAUGUUAGAGAUAGUUAAGCCAUUUUGCUGUAUACAUAGAAAUUAAGUUUAUAUGACUUUUUACAGUAAUGCAAUUCAUGUUUUUGUUUGUAUAUAUAUACACUUAAGUAUAAUCCAAUCAUGAUAAGUAAUGAAUUUAAAUUCAAAGACAGCAUUUUAGUUUGCUAGGGAAUUUAAUAUUAGGGAGCAUGAACAGGCAUGAACAAUAAUGUUCCUCUCAUUUUAAAUGUUAUAAAUUCAGUAUCAAAUAAUAAAAUAGGAAUUUAUUUAAAUAUUUGAUAGCAAUAAAAAAUAAUUAGAAAAUGCUGAUGAGGAUCAAAUGUUUUAAAACACUUUCAUAGAUUUUUUUCUAAGACAUAUACUGUAAAUUCUACUCAUAUCCUAACACUUGAAAGGUGUUAAUAUAUGGUAUGUGCAAACAGUAACAUCUGAUUAUGUUUUUCUCUAUUUUGUAAUGAAAAACACCUAUAAUAACUGUUGUAAUAACAUUAACGAUACCAAUUGUAAUUGUACACUAACAUGGUCAUACUUGUAAAUGUAAAUGUGUUUUUGUGAUGAUAGAAUGCAAUUUUAAUGCAUUGUUUUAUUAUUAUUUCAUAUAUAUGUAUGUUAUAAAAAUACCAUUACAAUCAUGGGAUUUCUUGAAGCAAUCUUUACUUUAUAACCAAUUUCUAUGAAAUUUACAUAUAUACAGGUGAUCAAGAAAAAGUUUCUUGAGAUAAAAUUAGGUUUAAAUUUGAAGCAAAAACUAUGAUAGGAUUUUGAAAAAAAUAAAGGGGUUCAUCUUGGAUUUGAGAAAGUGUUGGUUAUUUGCCCUGAUUGGUAAAAUUUAGGCAAGUGCAGUGUGGCAAAAUUUUCUGAGGACAAAUUUGUGCUUAAAAGUUAUAUUUUUAUUAUCUUAAGAUGUCACAGUGUGCAGUGGCGGAUCCAGGAAUUUUCAUAAGUAGGGGCCAACUGACUGACCUAAGAGGGGGUCGGUCUAGUCACGCUUCAGUGAUUCCCUAUAUAAACAACCAUUUUUUUUUCCAAAAAAGGGGGUACCUGUGGUGUGCACACCGCUACACCCCUAAUUGGCCUUGUCUGUUUCUGAAUAAUUAGUAUCUCUAAUAUAUUUUCAUUUUACACUUUAAAAUUUAAAUUGCAUCCUCAGCAGGAAUCAAAGUUAAGUGGUUUUUAGGUAAAGAUUUGGACUGAAUUGAUAUCUAAAUGGUCCAAGGCUUAUCACUUCCUCUUUUGAUACACAAAAUAUAGUGCAUUGAUCAUAACAUUCUAAACAUCCUAUCCGUAAAUUUUUCAAUGUAAUAUAUUCUCAGAUAUUCAAGGCACAAAAUGAUGAUAGACUUGUCAAGAAAAUUACAUAUCUUUUGCAAGGUGCAGAAAUCUAAUAUCUAUCUAAAAAUAUAAAUUAUGUUAUUGCUAAUCUCAUCUUUAAAAAUUGGAGUUAUAUUCCUUUGUCUAGAAUAGCUGUGUAAUCAACUACAACCAAUGCCUUAUUAAUAUUACUUCCCACUGAUAAAUUAAAGCAAUCUUUACCGUUCAGUGCUUUUGAGCACUUUGAAUUUUUUUUAAAGUAUGAUGUUGUUAGCUGUCAUUUGACAGCCUCUUGUUUUAAAGGACAUUUUAAAUAUCGCCAUUGUACAUACUCAUUAUCUUUGAAUGUCACUAUAAUCAACUUUUAUUGAAUAGCUAAAUGUGUGGUUUUUGGGAAAAUGCACAUAAUGUAGAUAAUGAUGUUAUUAUUUUACAUAACUCUAGUUAUUCUUUUAUUAUCAUUCAGUUUUAUAUGGCAGCUUGUCUGAAAGGCUGGUGUGUAAUAUUGCUGUCACUUGCCAUCUGUUAUCUAUUUAUAAAAUUCACCCAUUUUAAAAUGACUGAGCAAGUGAAAUUUCUUUUCUUACAUUCCAAAGCUGUGAGUAUAAUUUCAAACUGUAUAUCUAUAACCUUUUGGAGAGUUUCCACACAGAUUCAUUUUCUUAUUCCAGUGGUGGUAGAACUCUUCAAAACUCCACCUUUAUUUGAACAAAAUUUUAAAUAAAAAUUCUGUAUUAAUUCUUUUUUUUUAUAUACAGGGAGGGUGCAUUAAGUUUUAUCCUUGUCUGUCAGUUCGUCUCUCAUUCUCUAACUUUAGUUUUUUCGCAACAAAAUAUUAAGAAGCUUAAACAUAAUGCUUAUUACCAUGAAACUUCGAUCAUCAUGUACAAAUUUGGGCAGUGUUGCUUUCACAGAAUAAUUAAAUGUUCUUGAGUUAUGUCCGUUUACAUAUGGAAAAAAAUGCUGAAUAUUUUGUUUCAGUUCUCUUCCUUAAAUUCACCUCUACCAAAUGUAAUGAAACUUUUACACGAUGCUUACUACCACAAAACACAGAUCAUGUACAAAUUUUGGUAGCAUUGCUUUUACUGACAAAAAAUGCCCCCCAUCAUCUGUGAACCAUAAACACAUUUCCUAUUUAUUCUCUAAUUAAAGAUGUAACAAAACAUGAUUUUAGAUAUUAAUAAUUAGCUUCUAUAAAAUGUCUUCUCUUAAGCAAGGAAAGAAAAUCUUUCAAAUACUUAAAAUACUUAAGAAAAUAUAAUGUGGAGAUUCUAACAUAAUGUUAUUGUUCUAUAUUGAUGCAACAAGGAUUUAUAAAAGGUGAAUUUCUAUUAUUUUAUAACAUUUCAAUUUUUUGUUAUUGAAUUUAAUUAUAGUAUGAGAUGUUGACUUGUUAUUUACAUAAACUGUAACAUAUUCAAAUAAA